AUGUCGUUCCUGUUGAGUCGUGGCGGCCGAAAGGGGCCCAUCAUCUGCUUCGUCGGCCUUCUAUUGAUCUUCGCUCUCUAUCAGCUGGGCAUCAUCUGCGGAUCGAUGAAGUCCGUUCCCACCGCGAUGAUGGUCGCUAAAGAGAAAUACGUGAUGGGCCCGUUCGAUCACAAGAGGUACACGUACGAUCGUUAUAUGCCGUUGAUUUUCAUCGGCGGCGUGCCACGAUCGGGCACCACCCUCGUACGCGCGAUGCUCGACGCGCAUCCCGAUGUCAGGUGCGGUCAGGAGACCAGGGUGAUACCGAGGAUCCUGCAGAUGAGGAUGCACUGGCUGAAAUCGGAGAGGGAGAAUCUUCGGCUUUCCGAGGCGGGAAUUUCGAAAGAAGUGAUGGACAGCGCGAUAGCAGCGUUCUGCCUGGAGAUCAUAGCCCGGCACGCGGAACCAGCGCCGCGAUUGUGCAACAAGGAUCCCCUCACUCUGAAGAUGGGCUCCUACAUUCUCGAUCUCUUUCCAAAUGCCAAGUUUAUCUUCAUGAUCCGCGACGGCCGUGCCACCGUGCAUUCCAUUAUCUCGAGAAAGGUCACCAUCACGGGCUUCGAUCUGUCCUCUUAUAGGCAGUCUCUGAUCAAGUGGAACCACGCGAUAUCCACGAUGUACGGACAGUGCAAAGAGAUAGGGUCCGAAAAGUGUCUGAUGGUUCCCUACGAGCAAUUGGUACUGCAUCCACGUCAGUGGAUGAAGAAGAUCCUGAAUUUCCUGGACGUUCCGUGGAACGAGUCUGUCAUGCAUCACGAGGAAUUCAUUAAUAAACCGGGCGGUGUGCCACUCAGCAAGGUCGAGAGGUCGUCGGACCAGAUCAUAAAGCCGGUCAACCUGGAGGCACUGACCAAGUGGGUUGGCCACAUUCCGGACGACGUGGUCAGAGAGAUGCCUGACAUCGCGCCGAUGCUUUCUGUCCUCGGCUAUGAUCCUUAUGCUAAUCCGCCGGUCUACGGAGCGCCGGACAGGCUGGUUAGCGAAAACACCAGACGGGUCCUGGCGAACGGGGAGGUAUGGGCGGCGAGGGCGCGCCAGUUCUCUCUGGAGAAACUGAUAGAGCCGAGCAAAGAGGACGAGACCACCAACGCGGUAAACGCGUGACCUCGGUUACAUCCUAUCCUGGAUGCGCGUACCUUGAGCCUGUACAAUUUCUGCAACGUUUGGACGAGCCAGUAGAAGCUCUUGGAUAUCCCAGUUCGCGGCGAAUCAACCCAACGGAAGGAUUUGUUCGUGGUGUUUCGGCGAACCGUAUACCAGACAAGGGAGAACAGAAACUGCGUGCGGAACGUUAGUAUUUUAAGGAUUUGAAUCUCGAUCAGGCGUGUACGACGCUGAAUUCCGUAUCUGCGACACGGAGAACGGUCACGAACGACGCGACAACGGCGAUGGUUACACUCUUUUUUUGUAUAUUUUAACCGGUAGACGUUUAACUUGGAAGCCGACCGUGUAAAUAGCCGCUCGGUUGCUUCGCAUGAUUCCGGCUUCGCUCUCUUUAUCUCUUUCUCUCUCUCUCUGUCGGAUCGGUUGCGUUGAACGGAUAAUUUAACGUGUAAUCGUCGCCGAUUUCCCGCGCGACCGUUUUCCUUUUUCCGAGCCGGAGAUCUGGGGCGCGACCACUACGAAUCGAGGCACCCGCGCGCUCGAACGAGACGCCGUGGAACUGAUCGCGGUGUAAGUUCCGUUUCGUUCGCCCAUUCUAUCGCAGCGACCAAUGGGAAUCGUCGGAGAGACCCGCUAAAGAAUUUCUGUACAAUCACGAGCGACGGCCAGUGGAUAGGAACGUAGACUUAUGGAUGUACGGAAGGGAAACCGGGCGACGCGUUUAGAACGAAAUUGUCCUCUUCGGACCGAGAGGAAGGUGAACGGAAACGAUGAAAUGCAAUGGAAAUAUUCAUUUCCACGAAAAAACCAGCGACCUCUGUUAUCUGUAUUCUUAUAUUAUGAGAUAUGAAUUUCUAAACGAAGAGUUUAGGUUCUAGAUUUUACUUAUCGACUGUCGUCCGAUCAAGCA